UAAUUUGGAAUAAAAACAAAAAUUGCUAUAAUAGAGAGCAGGUGAAAUCGGAAGCUAAAAAGCAAAAAGCCCGACAUCAAGAAAUCAAAAAAAGCCAAUUGAAAUUUGCUCUUUUUAUUUUUCGUAAAAAAAAAAAAGAAAAAGAAAAGCUAAAGAGCUGUAGAGCGAGAAAUCUCCCGCAAAAAAGCAAAUCCUCGUAAUCCACGUGCUAGAAUGCGCCACCUUGACAUUCUUUUCUCUUUUCCUACACCUCUUCCUCUUCCUCCUCUCUCUAAUGUAUCUCUCUCCCUCCUUUUUUUAAAAAACAAAAUAUAGCUCUUAACAAUACACGCUCACUCCCUCUUUUCUGUACUGUUUCCGUGUUCUAAUAGUCCAAAGAGCUCUCUCCUUUUCUUGUUAUUGUUUAUUUUAUUUUAUUUCUUUCAAAAAGUUUCUUUUUUUCUUUAUAUUUUAUUUUAACACAGUUUAAAGCUGCAACGAAAUCGCCAUAUACAGAAAGAGUGUGCGCAGGAUAAGACCUCACACACUCUUUCUACUUUCAAGCAAAAUAUUGCUCUUUUAUAGACAUACUAUGGCUAUAAUCCUUUCAGACCGAAGGAGAUAGCGUUAUAUAUAUAUGCAUAUUUUUAUUUUAAUAUUUUUUGGUUAGUUGUUUGAUGAUGAUGAUGAUGAUAUGUUGAAGGGUUUUCAUUGAAAAGUCGGUUUCUUUUAUAAGAACAAGCACACUUGAUAAUAACCCAGGAAGAGAGAGAGAGAGAGAGAGAGAGAGAGAGACCCACUCCCAUGCUUUGGUUCGCGUGCUUUGUUGCAAAAUGAUGGAUGGGGUUAUGGUUAUGGUUAUGGUUAUUGUUUUGUCAAAAGGCCCACCUUAAAAAGAUAUCCUGAGUCUCCUUUUUGCAGGUUUUUUGUUCCUUGAUUUUGGACUCUCCCUGGGGGUUUAGAAAACUUUCUCUUUUGUGUCCCAAUUAGAUUGAUCUUUUUGGUCACCUUCAGAUUCCCUCUUCUUUUAUCUUACAUGGAUUGAUUACUCAGUUCUCUUUUUAUUGGCCUGCAGUUCUGCUGGGUUUCUUUCUUGGGUUGGGAUGUGAUCAUGGGGUUUUCUUAUGAACUCUUCUGGUUGAAGUAGAAAGUAAGAGGAAGUGUGUUUUUACAUUUUCAAAAGAGAAGAUGGCUUCUGUUGAAGAGAAAAUCAAAGCAGGAAGCUUUGUUAGUAGUGGAGCACAAACUAAUCUGCUUGAGGAAAUGAAGUUGUUAAAAGAAAUUCAGGACCAUUCCGGGACUCGCAAGACCAUAAACUCGGAGCUGUGGUACGCUUGUGCAGGUCCACUUGUUUCCUUGCCUCAAGUUGGAAGUCUUGUGUAUUAUUUCCCUCAAGGACACAGUGAACAGGUGGCAGUGUCCACUAAAAGGACAGCAACUUCGCAAAUUCCUAACUACCCAAAUCUCGCUUCUCAGUUGCUGUGCCAAGUUCACAAUGUUACCCUGCAUGCUGACAGAGAUACUGAUGAGAUCUAUGCUCAGAUGAGCCUUCAACCAGUAAAUUCUGAAAAGGAUGUCUUUCCCAUACCUGAUUUUGGGUUAAAGCCCAGCAAGCAUCCAAGUGAAUUUUUCUGCAAAACCUUGACAGCAAGUGAUACAAGCACACAUGGUGGGUUCUCAGUGCCACGGCGGGCAGCGGAAAAGCUCUUUCCUCCGUUGGAUUACACAAUGCAACCACCAACUCAAGAGCUUGUUGUCAGAGACUUGCAUGAUAAUACAUGGACAUUUCGUCAUAUAUAUCGCGGGCAACCAAAGCGGCACCUUCUUACAACUGGCUGGAGUCUAUUUGUCGGGUCAAAAAGGCUUAAAGCAGGUGAUUCUGUUCUAUUUAUCAGAGAUGAAAAAUCACAGUUAUUGGUGGGUGUGAGGCGUGCAAAUCGUCAACAAACUACACUACCAUCAUUAGUUCUUUCUGCAGACAGCAUGCAUAUUGGUGUUCUUGCAGCUGCAGCGCAUGCUGCUGCCAAUCGGAGUCCAUUCACCAUUUUUUAUAACCCAAGGGCUUGCCCAUCAGAGUUUGUUAUUCCUUUAGCUAAAUAUCGAAAAGCUGUAUUUGGUACCCAAGUUUCAGUUGGUAUGAGGUUUGGGAUGAUGUUUGAAACAGAGGAGUCAGGCAAACGCAGGUAUAUGGGCACAAUAGUUGGUAUUAGCGACUUAGAUCCACUGAGAUGGCCUGGCUCCAAAUGGCGAAAUCUUCAGGUAGAGUGGGACGAGCCAGGAUGUUCUGAUAAGCAGAACAGAGUGAGUUCAUGGGAAAUUGAAACUCCUGAAAACCUAUUCAUUUUCCCUUCUCUGACUUCAGGUCUUAAACGACCUCUGCAUUCAGGAUAUUUAGGAGGAGAAACAGAAUGGGGGAACUUGAUUAAAAGACCACUUAUCUGGCUUCCUGAAACGGCAAAUGGGAAUUUUGCAUAUCCUUCAAUUCCAAACUUGUGUUCUGACCGACUGUUUAAGAUGCUAAUGAAACCCCAAGGUGUUAACUACCCUGGAAUUUGCGAGUCUUCCUUACAAGAAGUCUCUGCUGCUAAGGGUGCUUCUCUAGAUGAUAUUAAGGCCAUGCAAGGAACAAUGAAACAUAUGCCUCAGCUUAACCAAUCUGUAGUCACAUCAGUAGAAAACCAAAAUCAGUCUCAGUUCUGCCCCAACCAAUCUGACACCGUUAACUCACCUUCAUCAAAGAUAAAUGCAACUGGGAAUAUAUAUCCUCCUUCCAACAUUGAAAAUCAAAUACCAGCUGGAAAUAUCAUAGAAAAGUUAAAAUCAGAACCCGAGCUUUCUACAGAUCAGUUAAGCCAGGUAACCUCAAUAGUAGAAUGCAAUGAGGAGAAACCAUCCUCAAGUUUUACAAAUCCACAGAACUCUGGGAAUCAGCUAGAAUUUCAAAAUCAAAACCAGAGUCACUUGCAUGCACAAACCAAUCUCUGGCUUGUACAGUCAAGUUUGGAACCUUCUAUCCUGCACCCCCAGCAAAUUCAUGUGCCCCAAGCUGAUGCUAAUACCUUCAAUUGCUCACUUCCUUUCCUAGACAGUGAUGAAUGGAUGUCGAACCCUUCUUGCCUAUCUUUUCCUGGGAUGUAUGGUUCUUCAGGACCGGUAUCAAUGUUUGGAUUCCAAGAACCAUCAGCCAUACUCCCUGAAGCAGGAAAUCCCUCUGUACCUUUGAUGAAUCAGGAUUUGUGGGAUCAGCAGCUCAACAAUUUAAGGUUUUUAUCCCCAGCAAGCCAAAAUCCUUUAGCUCAGCAAGACCCCUGUAGCCUUAAUUCAACUGUAGCAAAAGCUUUGUCAGACGAGAGUAACGAUCAGAGUGGAAUUUAUGGUUCUCUUAAUAUUGAUGUUGGUAAUGGGGGAAGUGCAGUGAUUGAUCCUUCUGUUUCAAAUGCCAUUUUGGAUGAGUUCUGCACAGCCAAGGAUGCUGAUUUCCAAAAUCCAUCAGAUUGUUUGGUGGGUAAAGAGGUCUUCAGCACAAGCCAGGAUGUUCAGUCUCAGAUUACCUCAGUUAGCCUAGCAGAUUCUCAAGCUUUCUCGCAGCAAGACUUCCCAGACAGCUCAGGCGGUACAUCUUCUAGCAAUGUGGAUUUUGACAAGGGCAAUUAUAUGCAGAAUAACUCAUGGCAGCAAGUUGCUCCCCGAGUGCGAACAUACACAAAGGUUCAAAAGGCUGGCUCUGUUGGGAGGUCAAUUGACGUUUCCGGUUUUAAAAACUACGAAGAGCUAUGUUCAGCAAUUGAAUGCAUGUUUGGACUUGAGGGGCUGCUUAAUAAUCCAAGGGAGUCAGGGUGGAAGCUGGUGUAUGUGGACUAUGAGAAUGAUGUUCUACUUAUUGGAGAUGAUCCUUGGGAGGAAUUUGUUGGCUGUGUCCGCUGCAUAAGAAUCCUGUCACCUUCUGAAGUUCAGCAAAUGAGUGAGGAGGGAAUGAAGCUUCUUAACAACGUUAAUAUGCAGGGCCUUGCUGCCUCCAUUGCGGAUGGCAGCCAUGCCUGAGAUUAACUCUGAUUAGAUGGUGGGUUUCUUUUUAAUACGGUGGAGACAUCUGCCUUACAAAGCUGUCGUCUGAUUAGCUCUCUGCCUACUUUACUAUUGAUAUCACUGUGAUGACGAGUGCUAGAGGCACUAAUCAUUUGGCCUUCACUUUGUUAGAAUGUCUUUAGAUGUAUGGAUAUGAAUGUAUUAAUAUAAAAUAGCAUUUCAUGUCAUAACUAAUUUAUGAAUAGUUUGUGGUAUAUCCCUCUCCGCAAAGCUGCUUUCCAAGUCUUCUUGUUUGUAAGGAAUGAAAGCCAGAAACAGUGAGGCUGAUUCUGCCUUUUUGCCUAUAAUGGACUACUAAUAUCAUGAUCAAUUGAUGCA